CAGUGGUCCCAUGACAGAAGGCGUGUUUUCAACCAGCUCAAUAUAUAAACCAACCUCCAACAGGAUCCUCAAAACACUGCAGACUGGUCCUUUGACAAAAAACAUUCUCUGGCCUUGCAUAAAGCUGCUGAGGCUGGUUCUCACCUGAUCGCAGGACACGCACAGUGCAGUGGACCCAAACACGCUUUCACUUCGGUCUCACGUUGUGUAUCAUCAGAGGCUCGUUUUCACAAUGGAUGUCUCCCCAGUCUCUAUACCCUGUCAUUUUAUGAUGAAGCCUACAGACAAAUCCUGCAUACCAAGCUCACUAAACAUUUUCAUUUCUUCCCAUUAGCACUUUUAGUACUGAACCAAAGGGUUCUUUAAUCAAUUUGUUGUAUAAAUUUAUUUAUAAAUACAUAUUACCUCAUAAGUCACUGUCAGACCACAAUAGAUUAGCUUGGUUUAAUUCUGAUUGUUUUAAUUUAAUUAAAUUGUAAGUAAUCAUGGAUACAACUACACUAGCGACCCUGGCUGCUGCCACCACCGUGGCUGUGGCCUCUCAGUCUGACAUGUCAGGCUACUUGUGGCUGUUGAUAUUAGGCUUUAUAAUUGCCUUCAUCCUGGCGUUCUCUGUGGGGGCCAAUGAUGUGGCCAACUCCUUCGGUACUGCAGUUGGCUCCGGAGUGGUCACCAUGCGCCAGGCCUGCAUCCUGGCUACUAUCUUUGAGACAGUGGGCUCAGUGCUGCUGGGGGCCAAAGUUAGUGAGACCAUCCGACAGGGGAUUAUUGACGUACGGAUGUACAACGGCUCCGAACACGUCCUGAUGGCAGGAUCGAUUAGUGCAAUGUUUGGCUCUGCUGUGUGGCAGCUGGUGGCAUCAUUCCUGAAGCUCCCCAUUUCUGGAACACAUUGUAUUGUUGGAGCCACAAUUGGCUUCUCCAUGGUAGCCAGAGGUCACCAAGGGGUCAAAUGGAUGGAGAUAUUGCGCAUUGUGGCUUCCUGGUUCCUGUCACCUGUGCUGUCAGGCAUCAUGUCAGGAAUCCUCUUCUAUUUUGUUCGCAAAUUCAUUCUGAACAAGGCUGACCCUGUACCCAAUGGCCUCAGAGCUCUUCCUAUCUUCUACGCCAUCACUAUGGGCAUCAACCUCUUCUCCAUCAUGUUUACAGGAGCACCUCUGCUGGGUUUUGACAGAGUGCCAUGGUGGGGUACACUGUGCAUUUCGCUGGGCUCUGCCUUUGUCACAGCUUUGGUCGUUUGGUUCGUUGUCUGUCCCCGCCUCAAGAAGAAAAUCAAACGUGGAACUGCUGCUGCUCCCUGUGAAACUCCACUGAUGGAGAAGAACUCCAGCAAAGCGCCACCACCAGAGCAGCCCUCAAUACCUUGUGAUCCUCAACCCCAGGCUCCACCAGCAAACAGUCAAAAGGUUGCUUUCAAACUUGGCGGCUCAGAGGAAGCUGAUCUGGACAACAAUGACAUGGAGACUAAAGACUUGGAUAUCAGCAAUGGUCUGAAUGGCACUGUUGGCCCCAUGAUGAUCACUGAUCCUCACAGUGGAAGGUCCCACACAAUCCACAAAGAUUCUGGCCUUUACAAAGACCUGCUACACAAGCUUCACAUGGCUAAGGUUGGUGACUGCAUUGGUGACAGUGAUACAGAAGAGCGGCCCAUCAGGAGGAACAACAGCUAUACCUCCUACACCAUGGCCAUUUAUGGCAUUCAAGGAGAUCCUAAAUAUAAGGACGUGGAUGGUGAGCUGCAGAGAAGAUCGAGGGUGGACAGUUACAGCAGCUACAGCUCAGCGGUGACCAGCGAGAGUGCAGUCCAGGAUGGGUGUGUGACUCAGGAAAGUGGCAAGGACCUUGCUCUGGAAGAGGAUGAACUGGAGGUCGACCAACCAGCUGUUGCGUUGCUUUUCCAGUUCCUGCAGAUACUCACUGCAUGCUUUGGCUCCUUUGCUCAUGGAGGGAAUGAUGUCAGUAAUGCGAUAGGUCCACUGGUGGCUCUCUGGCUUUUGUAUGAGAGCGGCUCUGUGGCAUCCAGUGCACCAACACCCAUUUGGUUGCUUCUUUAUGGCGGCGUGGGCAUUUGCGCUGGACUCUGGGUAUGGGGACGAAGAGUGAUCCAGACCAUGGGCAAAGACCUUACACCCAUUACACCCUCCAGUGGAUUCAGCAUUGAGCUAGCUUCAGCUAUCACAGUAGUCGUGGCAUCCAAUAUCGGUCUUCCUGUCAGCACAACCCACUGCAAGGUAGGAUCUGUGGUGGCCGUGGGAUGGCUGCGCUCCAGGAAAUCAGUUGACUGGCUUCUGUUCAGGAACAUCUUCAUCGCCUGGUUUGUUACAGUUCCUAUCUCUGGGCUGAUCAGUGCUGCCAUCAUGGCUCUCUUCAUAUAUGUGGUCCUGUGAACCUCCCACUGACCAGAUACACUCAUACUACACCUGACGGACUGCUACCAACAGCUUUUGUUUCACUGACGGAUAAAACUGUGACAGUAAACAUGUUGGUCUCUGUUAAUGAUGUUUAGACUAUUAUUGAGUGUUAAAUGAAGGUCAAGCCAAUUAUGUUAUCUCACGGGAAUGUUUCCAUGAAUGAUGUAGGAUCUAAUAACACUGUUAAAAUAUCCAGAAGUCUGUGAUCUUGUAUAUUCGUAUGUAUAUUUGUAUAAAAGCAAUAUGUACUAAAAAUCAAAACAUUACAUUUUAACUACAAAAGACCAAUGAACAGUUAUAUGCAAUGUUUGUGUAUUUGUAUGUAAUAAAACAACGAAUAGUUUGAUUUGAA